AUGGCUGGAGUUCCCAGUGACUUUCAAUCUACCAACAACCCCAGUUUGAGUCCCAGCAGCAGCAGCAAUGGUCAUACAUUAACCAUAUCUCCUGGAAUGACACAGUAUUGGAUUCCUCACUGUGAAGAUGAAAUCAAACCAGCAGUUGACAUGAUUUUUAAAACAUUGGAUGCUGGUCUAGUUCCGUCGUUACAGCACCGUGACGGGACAAAAACUCAAAAGCAAAUCGUUUGCAAUAGAGAAGGAUUUAAGAAUACAGGAGCUCAACAUUGUCACUCGCAGUCAAGUGCAGAUGCAGGGGAAGGUCCUUCCCGUCCAAAGCGGCGAAGGGUUUCAAACAGAACUGGUUGCAGAGCUAGGAUUAUAUUUAAGUACAUUGGAGUAGCUGGGUACCAAGUUACAACUUUUAUUGAAAAACAUAAUCACGGCAUGUCUUCGGUUCUGGCAAGUUAUAUUGUGGGGGAUUACUCUAAAGUUGGGGCGACUGUAGUUGACUUUAAGAAUGUUAGAAGGGAUCUCAGAGCAUACAUAUUGGGAGCUGAUGCACAAAUACUGGCAAUGGGUAUAGAACCAAGAAUAAUUGUCACCGAUCAAGAUCCAGCUAUGAAAGUGGCGAUUCCAACAGUGGGUCCUACGCUGAACAAGGAUGAGGAAUUCAGGAACAAACUGAGCUCAAUCGUUUGGACGUCAUCUUUGGAACCUCCUGAUUUUGAGAAGCAGUGGAGAGAGCUCAUGGAAAAGUACAACUUAGUCGAACACAAUUGGUUUACAACUAUGUUUGAGGCUAGAAAGCAUUGGAUCCCAACGUAUUUUAGAGAUGGCUUUAUGGGGGGUCUACUCAGGACAACUUCUCGUUCCGAAAGUGAGAACUACACGUACAACCAUUUUACUGGUCCCCAAUCAAGCCUAGUUGAAUUCAUGAUGAACUCUGACAGUGCUCUUAAAUCACAACGUAACACAAAUGCAAAGCUCAACAGUGACAAUGAAGGCUACAAUCCAGAUAUGAAGACGCCUCUGGGGAUUGAAAAACACGCUUCAAUCGUCUACACCAUUACUGUUUUCUAUCAAGUUCAGGAAGAAAUAUGUGCCUCCUGUUUCAAAUGUAUGGUGUUGAGUGUUAGAGAAUAUGGUGGAAUGUUGCACUAUGAUAUUAUGGAUGGAAAGAACAAAAGAUUUACUGUGGUGCAGAAUGUAAAUGACCAUGAGGCCAAAUGCAGUUGCAAGAUGUUUGAGAUGAAACAGCUGCUGAUGUCAAGAAAGGAAAAGUUAUCCCCUCAGCACAGCAGAAAGACUGUUAUAGAAUCCUUUUGUGGAUCAAUAGCGAUUUCAGAGAUCAAUAUACUUCCACCGAAACAUGCAAAGAACAAGGGCAACGGCAAACGUAUCAAAAGCAGCAAGGAGUUGGCAAUGGAAAAAGAAAAGGGCAGGAGGUGCAAUUUUUGUGGUGUUAGAGGAGAUCAACAUGACACCAGGACUUGCCCACUUAACCCCAAAAAUAAGGACAAGCAAAAGGGUAAGAAAAAGAUGAUGAGCUUGAAGCUGAGAAUGACAAAUGAUGCUUCAGGUUUAGAAUGUGUUGUUUUUGUAGUUAGUUACAAUCACUACAAGCUGGAGGGCGAGGAAGAUGAAAAUGACAGAGAAGAUGAGGAAUAA